AUGGCGACUUUCUACGGUUUAAACCUUUUCUUCUUCUCCUUCCUCAUAGCAUCAGGCGCAAUUUCCGUCGUCUCCGGCACCGUCUUCAGCAUAGUGAACAAGUGCAGUUUCACCGUCUGGCCGGGAAUCCUCACCGGAAACGGCGGUGCACCACUCAACGACGGCGGAUUUGCCUUGAACUCAGGAGCUUCCGUCGACGUAAACGCACCAGCUGGCUGGUCCGGCCGAAUCUGGGGCCGAACCGGCUGUAAUUUCGACGGCUCCGGCGCUGGAAGCUGCCUCACCGGAGACUGCGGCAACAAGUUACAAUGCGCCGGCGCAGGAGGAGCUCCCCCCGUCUCACUCGCGGAGUUCACGAUCAGCCCUUCCGGAGACAAAGAUUUCUACGACGUGAGCCUCGUCGACGGUUACAACGUCGAGAUGGGAAUCACGACGCGAGACGGCUCAGGCGAUUGCGAAAACGUUGGAUGCGUUUCGGACUUGAACGGGAGCUGUCCUAACGAUCUGCGCGUUUUGGACGGGUCGAAUGUUGUGGCGUGUAAGAGCGCUUGCGAGGCGUUUGGCAAACCGGAGUAUUGUUGUACCGGUGCGUUCGAUAAACCGGAGACUUGUCCUCCGACGGAUUACUCGAGGGUCUUUAAAGCAGCCUGCCCCAAAGCGUAUAGCUAUGCAUACGACGACGCUUCGAGCACUUUUACUUGUGUUAAGGCUAAUUACUCCAUCGUCUUUUGUCCUUAA